CGGUGCAUCGCCUUCGCCUACAAGCAAGUCGACAGCACUACUGAGCAAUCGAAGAUCGACGACGACGGUCUCACACUGCUGGGCUUCGUCGGGUUGAAGGACCCGUGCCGACCAGAGGUCAAGGCGGCCAUUGAAGCUUGCACGAAGGCGGGCGUCGCCGUCAAGAUGGUCACCGGCGACAACAUCCUCACGGCCCGCGCGAUCGCCAAGGAGUGCGGCAUCAUAUCCAGCAACGACCCCAGCGGCAUCGUCAUCGAGGGGCACGAGUUCCGCGCCAUGUCGCCGGAGCAGCAGCUGGAGAUCGUGGACCGGAUCCGCGUCAUGGCGCGGUCCCUGCCGCUGGACAAGCUGGCGCUGGUGCAGCGGCUGAAGCAGAAGGGGCACGUGGUGGCCGUGACCGGCGACGGCACGAACGACGCGCCGGCGCUCAAGGAGGCGGACGUGGGGCUAUCCAUGGGCGUGCAGGGCACGGAGGUGGCCAAGGAGAGCUCCGACAUCAUCAUCCUCAACGACAACUUCGACACGGUGGCGACGGCCACGCGGUGGGGGCGCUGCGUCUACAACAACAUCCAGAAGUUCAUCCAGUUCCAGCUCACCGUCAACGUGGCGGCGCUCGUCAUCAACUUCGUGUCUGCGAUCACCACGGGCAAGAUGCCGCUCACCACCGUGCAGCUCCUGUGGGUGAACCUGAUCAUGGACACCAUGGGAGCCCUGGCGCUCGCCACGGACACGCCCACCAAGGCGCUCAUGGACCGGCCGCCCAUCGGCCGCACGGCGCCGCUCAUCAGCAACGCCAUGUGGCGCAACCUCGCCGCGCAGGCGGCGUUCCAGAUCGCCGUGCUGCUGGCGCUCCAGUACCGGGGGCGGGACGUCUUCGGCACCGACGAGAAGGGUAACGGCACCAUGAUCUUCAACGCCUUCGUGCUGUGCCAGGUGUUCAACGAGUUCAACGCGCGGGAGAUCGAGAAGAAGAACGUGUUCGCCGGGGUGCUCAAGAAUAGGAUGUUCCUCGUCAUCAUCGCCGUCACGCUCGUGCUGCAGGUGGUCAUGGUGGAGGUGCUCACCAGGUUCGCCGGAACCAAGAGGCUGGGGCUGGGGCAGUGGGGCGUCUGCCUCGCCAUCGCCGCCGUGUCGUGGCCCAUCGGCUGGGCCGUCAAGUUCAUCCCCGUGCCCGACCGGACUCUCCAUGACAUCCUCACGCGCCGGAAAUCCUCAUGAUUCGUGCAUUUCAUACCGCAGUGUUCAUAUUUUACAUAGCUUAGGUGAUUCUUUCAUACUGUGCAUUUGUUUAGU